UGCAUACAUCCCCCAUUCGCAGCCCGCUACGGCGUUGUACAAACACUAGCUUCUGAAAAGCCAUGUCGUCGUCGAAUGCAUACGCAGGACCUUGGUCCUCGCUCCCAACUACAUUGACCCCAUGGAUAAUGGACGUGAUCCAGUCCAUGGGGUACACACAAAUGACCCCCGUACAAGCCUCUACCAUUCCAUUAUUCAUGAAGCACAAAGAUGUCGUUGUGGAGGCUGUGACCGGCUCCGGGAAAACACUCGCCUUCGUCAUUCCUGUUCUCGAGAAGCUACUGCGGAGGGAAAGGAGGUUGCGGAAGAAUGAGAUUGGCGCGUUAAUAAUCAGCCCUACAAGAGAACUCGCGACACAGAUCCAUUCCGUCUUCUCCCUAUUUCUCUCCAGUCAGCCCGGACACCAUGACUCUGCCUCGGAAGACGACGAGCAUGUGAAUACAAAGACAAUAGAGCCAGCACAUCCACAACCUCUGCUUGUGAUAUCUUCUGACUCUCCUCCCACGGAGGACAUUCAACGUUUCUUGUCAACUGGAGCAGACAUCGUUGUGGGGACUCCUGGCAGGGUGGAAGAAUUUCUUCUUGGAAAGGGAAGAGACGUCGUUAAUGCCAAGGAGCUUGAGGUGCUCGUCCUUGAUGAGGCCGACCGGUUGCUGGACCUUGGGUUCCAAACUACUCUCUCGCGCAUCCUGACCCAUCUGCCGAAACAGCGCCGGACGGGUCUGUUUAGUGCAACUAUGACAGAUGCCGAUGCUCUCUCAGAACUGGUCCGAGUUGGGCUCCGCAAUCCUGCACGCAUUGUUGUGAAGGUACAGACGAAGAAGUCCAAACUCAAGAAUGCUGGGAGUGAUGACCGCAGUGAAGUCUUCGUCUCUAGUUUGCAGAAUUAUUGUCUCACAUGUCGCGCCUCAGAGAAGCUUGUGCAAGUCUCGAGGAUAUUAGCUCAUGAAGUUGCAAAGCAUCAAUCAAGCCGCUUCAUUGUGUAUUUUUCUACCUGUGCAUGCGUCGAAUAUUUCUAUCGUAUUCUCCUUCCCUUCAUGCCGCCCAACACAACACUCUACUCUUUGCACGGCCACCUCCCGCCUGCGACCCGUACACGCACGCUCGCCAAUUUCUCCUCUUCAGUAGCCCUCCCCUCUGCUCCCUCCGUGCUCCUUGCCACGGACGUCGCCGCACGGGGACUCGACCUCCCUGAUGUAGACGUCGUCAUCCAAUUCGACCCCCCAUCGGACUCGAAAGCGUUCUCGCAUCGAUGUGGGCGCACGGCGCGUGCCGGACGGAGCGGGCGUGCGUGGGUACUCCUAGUAGGCAGGGAGCGGGAUUAUGUAGGUAGACCAGCUUUCUCUGAAGAUGGAUCUGCACGAGAUCGCGAUACUGAGGACGACAGCGCCGAGGUAACCUCUGCUGUCUCGCAGAUACGGAAAGCUGCAAAAGCAUUUGUGUCGUUCGUGCGUGCAUACUCAAAGCACGAGGCAUCGUACAUAUUCCGCGUCAAAGACCUGGACCUCGUUGGUGUUGCAAAGAGCUUCGGUCUCCUGCGUCUGCCGCGCAUGCCUGAGCUGACCGACGUCUCGCGCAAUGGCUGGGAAGAUGCCGACGUUGACUGGAGUGCCUAUGCGUAUGCGGAGAAAGCGCGGGAGGCGAAGCGUCUUGCAGCUGCAGCGGAGCAGACUCGCAGCACGGCCGAAGGUGCGGAGCGCAAGGCGGAGCGCCUCGAGCAGAAGAAGGCCAAUGCGGCUUGGAGUAACAAGCUCACCAGGAAGGAAGAGCAGCUAAAACGGAAGGAGAAGAAGGAUCGCAAGCGCAAGUGGCAAAAGGAACAUCAGGAGCCGGUGGCCAUCGGGGGUAGCGCAACUAAGAAGAGGGGGAGCGAGGAAGAUGGGAGCGACGUUGACGAUGGAGAUGAUUGGGAGGAAUUAGCGAGGGAAGAGAGGAUGGCGAAAAAGGUGAAGCGCGGAGCGGUCAGUCAAGAGGUGUUCGAUGGGGAGUUUGGGGGCCUGUGAUACGUUGUAUGAGGCUUGACGUCCUGUCUGCAUUCAUGUAUCGGCGCUG